UUCAUCGACUUUUUUGUGCACGCCUGUUUCUCCCUUAAAGCUAUGCGUUCAUUGGUCAGAGCCGUUCGAUUUGGGGUUAUACGUCCAAUAAUAUAUAAUGAUGUAAAACCACAAAAUGGAACAAUUUAUAAAUUUGGCCAACCAUCAAGCACAUAUUCAGACAAUGACGAUGGCAAUAAUAACCCUCCGGUCGAUUAUACGUGUUAUGAUUGUCGUAAGUUUAGCCACCGCUUACCUGCCAAUUGUACAUACUUACCGUUUGAAUGCUUCAGAGGAAUCCCUUCUGGUGUAUUCAGAACUACUGCUGGAGAGAGAUUAGGCCCAGGCGCAGACAAGCUCGGCGUCUACAAACAAGCUGAGUACUUCAGUUUCCAUCACUCAUCAUUCUUCGAUUUGCAUCUGCAUCUACAACGUUGCCGACAACCCCAACUUGACUCAAAAAGAAAACCUGUAACUUUUUAGACAUAUAACAUUUGUAAAAAAAUUAAAAAGAAAUGUAACCUUUAAUUAAUGUUACCGUA